CCUCACUGCCUUAAGAUUUGUCUCCUUCAGAAAACCGUCCAUGUUCAAUGUACAUAAAACUAUGUAAGAAAAAACAAAAAACGAAAAAAACUAUCAUCAUAUGAUAAGAAUAAGAGAGGAUACCCACUAGCUUUUUGUCUCGCAGUAUUUUACCAUCAUCUAGCUACCAGGUACCACACCGUCAAAAGAACCAUGGGAGAGGUUGAUUCAGCUUUCAUCCAAGCCACCGGGCACAGGCCUAAACUCGAUACUACCGAAGUCGAGGGAAUCCCACUUAUUGACCUGUCUAUAUCUGACACCAGAGAUAUCAAAGAACUUGUUUCAGAGAUUGGAAACGCGUGCCAAAGGUGGGGAUUUUUUCAAGUGAUCAAUCAUGGGGUGCCUUUGGAAUUGUGCGCAAGGAUUAAGAAAGCAGCAAAAACAUUCUUUGAUCAGACCAUGGAGGAAAAGCGGAAAGUUAAACGAGAUGAAGUGAAUGCUAUGGGCUACCAUGAUAGCGAGCACACAAAGAAUGUCAGAGACUGGAAGGAGGUCUUUGAUUUCUUGUUAAAAGAUCCAAGUUUUGUCGCUGCUUCGCCUGAGCCAGAGGAUAAAGAAAUAAGGACGCUGACUAACCAGUGGCCUGAGAACCCUCCCGAGUUCAGGAAUGUAUGCCAGGAGUAUGCUCGAGAGGUGGAAAAACUCGGUUACAAGCUGUUGGAACUCAUCUCCUUAAGCUUAGGAUUGCCGGCUAACCAGUUGACUGGCUGCUUCAAAGACCAUAUUACCAUGUUAAGGCUUAAUUACUAUCCUCCUUGCACUUGCCCUGACCUAGCACUGGGGGUUGGUCGACACAAGGAUGCUAGUGCCAUAACUAUCCUUGCCCAGGAUGAUGUUGGAGGACUACAAGUAAAGAGAAAAUCAGAUGGAGAUUGGAUUCCAGUUAAACCAAUCCCAAAUGCCUUGAUCAUCAAUGUUGGUGAUACUGUUCAGGUCUGGAGUAAUGAAUUUUAUGAGAGUGUGGAGCACAGGGUGGUGGUGAACUCCGAAAGGGAAAGGUUUUCAGUGCCUGUCUUCUUUUUCCCUUCUCACUAUGUUAUGGUGAAGCCACUGGAGGAGCUAGUGAAUGAGCAAAAUCCAGCAAAGUAUAAAGAAUACAACUUUGGAAAGUUUUUUGUUGCUAGAAACCGCAGUGAUUAUAAGAAGCUUGAGGUUGAAAACAUUCAAAUUCAUAAUUUUAAGAUAUCUGACUGAUGUAUGCACAUCUGCUAGUAAAUCACCUGGAUUCUGCUUGUUGUAAUUUAUACGCUAUGAAACCAUGAUAUCAGAUAAAAAGAAUCUUUCUUAUCUCCCCAAGAUUAGGCUUCCAUAGAUAAAUUCCGAGGUUAGUUUCCUUGUACUCCUUUCUUAACACUCUUUUUUUUUUUUGCAGCAUAUACCUUUGUUCUCUUCUUUGAUCAGUUUUAUGUUUACAUUUUACA